GCCGCCAUUGCAGCGCCCCCCCCCCGCCCCCCGCAGUCCGCUGAGCUGCCGGUCGGGGAAAGGCGCGCCUCGGGCGGGGAAGGCCAGGCCCGGCGAGGCUGGGUGAGGAGGGGUCCAGUGCAGUCUUCUCCUGCCGCUCACGAUGGCCAUGAGGGAGCUGGUGGAAGCCGAGUGUGGGGGCGCCAACCCCCUGAUGAAGCUCGCCAGCCACUUCACACAGGACAAAGGCCUGCAACAGGAGAGGCUGCGAAGUCCCUUGGCUUGGCCUCCCGCUGCUCCAGCACCUGAGGGGGUGUCUAAACCACUUGGAAGAGCCUCAGAAGAUGAACUUGUGGCAGAGUUCCUCCAAGAGCAGAAUGGCCCUUUGUUGUCCCGUGCCCCACAGACGUUCAAGAUGGACGAUCUGUUGGCAGAGAUGCAGGAAAUUGAGCAGUCCAGCUUUCGGCAGGCCCCUCAAAGAGCUCCGGGAGUCGCUGCUCUGGCCCUGUCUGAGAACUGGGCACAGGAGUUCCUUGAUGCUGCUGACAGUACAGUUGACGUUGCAGCAGAUUAUAGCGAAGCUGACUGGUCCCAGGAAUUCAUUGCAGAGGUUACAGAUCCCUUAUCAGUGUCUCCUGCCAAGUGGGCAGAGGAAUAUUUGGAGCAGUCAGAAGAGAAGCUGUGGCUGGGAGAAUCAGAAGACCAAACACUGGCUGAUAAAUGGUAUGAGGAAUACCAGCCUGAAGAUGACCUUAAGAAAACAGCCAACGAUUUCUUAGCAAAAGUGGAUGACCCCAAACUAAAUAACUCUGAGUUCCUAAAGUUUGUUCGCCAGAUUGGAGAUGGGAGGGUAUCCAUCGAGGCAAAUCAAGUGACCAUUUCCCCCAGAGACCAGGAUCAGGCAGAGCAGUGGGCAGCUGAGUUUAUACAGCAGCAGAACACUUCUGAAGCCUGGGUGGAUCAGUUCACGCAUGGUGGGGACAUGUCGGGUCUGGAUGCUGAGUUUGAGCAAGCCAAGACAGCUGUGGAGUCGGAUGUGGAUUUCUGGGACAAGCUGCAGGCUGAGUGGGAGGAGAUGGCCAAACGGGAUGCAGAAGCCCAUCCUUGGCUGACCGAUUAUGAGGAUCUCUCCAGCUCCACUUACGACAAGGGGUAUCAGUUUGAGGAGGACAACCCUGUUCGGGACCACCCGCGUGCCUUUGAAGAAGGGCUGAAAUGCCUGGAGCAAGGGGACCUUCCCAAUGCCGUGCAGUUCUUCGAGGCUGCUGUGCAACAGAAUCCUGACCACAUGGAGGCCUGGCAGUACCUGGGAACAACGCAAGCGGAGAACGAGCAAGAACUUGCAGCGAUCAGCGCUCUCAGACGGUGUCUAGAGCUGAACCCUACGAACCUCACGGCGCUCAUGGCUCUAGCAGUCAGCUUCACCAAUGAAUCACUGCAGAAGCAGGCCUGUGAAACUCUGCGGGACUGGCUGCACCACAAACCGGCCUAUGCUCAUCUGGUAGGGAAGGAGCCCGCAGGAGACAGCCCUAGCCCGGGACUUGGGCCCUCCAGACGUAUCCUGGGUUCCCUGUUAACCGACUCACUCUUUGUUGAAGUGAAGGAGUUGUUCUUGGCAGCUGUGCAGAGCAACCCCUCAACCGUGGACCCGGACGUGCAGUGCGGCCUGGGAGUCCUCUUCAACCUGAGUGGCGAGUACGAGAAGGCUGUGGAUUGCUUCACUGCUGCACUGAGUGCCCGCCCAAACGAUCACCUGUUGUGGAACAAGCUGGGGGCUACAUUGGCCAAUGGGAACCGGAGUGAAGAAGCCGUUGCAGCUUACAGGCAGGCCCUGGAGCUACAGCCAGGUUACAUCCGUUCCCGUUACAACCUGGGCAUCAGCUGCAUCAACCUGGGAGCUCACAGAGAAGCUGUAGAGCAUUUCCUGGAAGCCUUGCAUAUGCAGCAGAAGAGCCGGGGGCCACGAGGGCAGCAGGGCGCCAUGUCAGACAAUAUCUGGAGCACCCUCCGCAUGGCCCUAUCCAUGCUGGGCCAGAGUGACCUCUAUGCAGCGGCAGACGCACGAGACCUCCCGACUCUGCUGAAGGCUUUUGGCCUCCAGCAAUGACUCUGGGAUGGGCUCCCCUGUGAGUGCAGGAUGGGCCCUUACUAGCAAUGAUCUUUCUCUCCCCUCCUCCCCCCAGAAACACACACAUCAGUCGGGUAGCCAUCCCCAUCCCCGAGCUACUGUUUCAGCACAAGGCCAGCUUCCUCUCGUUUUGUGAUGGACCCACUGCGUCAUGUCCAGCAAGGCCAAUGAACUGACCUUGUGGGCCUCCCCUGGGCUUGCACUCUUCUGGGGACGCAAAUUCCCUCAUCAGAAAGGUUUAUGGCGGUCACAUUGUUGACACCAAUGGCCACCGCACACACCUUUCAGAAGGCAAAGCUGCUCCCGUAGCUCUGUGCUUGCAGUGGUCUCCAAAUGGGGGGGAAAUCCUCUAGGCACUGGGGAAGCGAUCUUGGUCUGUGUGCUAAAACUAUUUAAGGGUUCUUUUUCAAAGGGAUGAAUCAUGAUGUGGAAUUCUGGACUUCUGCCUUCAAAAGUGCUGCUAACUUUAAAGGUACAACACAUGGUGAUAAAAGUAAGCACCAGUGUAGCAUAAUCUCAAUAAUGGUAAAGGGGAAGGAUCAACUUCCUUUGUCUACCCAUGAGAACAGGGAUGUAUUUGGAGGAGGGAAGAGAGGAAAGGGCCGGGUGUGGGUUAACCAAAGCACUGCUGACAUGCAGAGCAAUGGUUAUGUCUUAAUAAUCUUCAGUAGAAACAAAAAGAUUAAAAAAUACAGAGGAAUCAAGGCCAGAACAAAGAAGCAAUAUCACAAACACAGAUAUUGAAACAUCUCUGCAAAUAUUUAACCAAAAUAUGUAUGUAUAUCCCCUUUUUAUUUAAGAAUAAUACCAGAUACACUGUUGCUGUGGAAGGAUUAGACCCAUUAAUUUGAAAAGUCAUCAUGUUUAGCAUAUCCCACAUACAAAUAGCAGCAUCUUAAAAGGUGCCCCAAACUGGUCUGUUGCAGGCUAAACCGUAUGUAAUUCUGGCCAGGCAGUGUGUGCAGUUGUGGCUUCUCUUGUGUUCAGAAGGGAUGCUUUGUCAUGAGCAGGUUCUGCUGGGGGUCUUGUGGCUGGAGGGGCCAGUUGUCCAGGUUUGGGUCUUCCUUGCUCUGCUGUUGUCAGCCUUGAGCACUUCCACAGCUGUGCAGUGGCUCGGGUGGUCCCCCGGUGCCUCCCGUUGCCUGGUAAGCCAUCCAUGGGUCUGCGCAGUGGGUGGCACCACUCCCCGGGGGUCACAGGCAGUAAUCCUGAUGCAGGGAGAUGCUGUAUGGGGGACAUGCUUACUAGACCAUCUUGUCGAUGGCAAGGCCCCAAGCCACGUGGAGCAAAUCCUUUUGAGAAAGGAGGGGUGUUUUUCUACAAACAGGCAUCAUGGGUCUCUUGGGGAGGGAGAGAGACUGCUGAUGGUUCUGCUCGGCGCUCUUCUACCGUGUGAAGGGUUGCUUGGUCAGCCCAUCAAGGGGCCGCCUCACAAUGCCCAAGCGGAGCAUUUGGUUGAGCCUAGUGGGUGUUUGAGCACCCCUACUUCUUAAGAUGUUAUUUGUAUGUGGAAUAUGCUGGAUGACACUUGAUGACGGUAAAGCAUGCAGACAUGUAGUGGUCUUCAUUAGUGUGAGCUGUGGAGGAAAGUAUCUUGGUUGGGAUAUUUUGUCCCCUCACUCUGCAGGUGGGUAGGGCAGAUGCAGAUAGAUGGCAAAGGCUUCCAUAUCCAGGGGGAGGCAGACCCCGCGGUCCGCAGCAAGGCCCGUCCUCUGAGCUUGUUUGGUUUUAGGCUUUCCCCUGGUAGCUCUUUUCCCAGUUCCUUUAAACUUCCAGCACACCUCAAAGAUUCCUCUUCUGCAGCUCAUGUCUAGGGUCGCCAGGUCCCCUUACCCUCCCGGCAGGAGUUGGGGGGACCUGGCACUUACCUCAUUGAUUGCCUCAUGGCAAAGCAUGAUGACAUCACUUCUAGGAGUGAUGUCAUCGUGCAGGCCUCCCCAGGAAUGCUCCUGUGCUUUGCACCGAGACAAUUUGGGCCCCAAACGCUCAGCAGCACGCCUGGGAGGCCUGUUUUCCCCUCCACCAGCCAAGUGAGUAGUUGGGGGGGGCAGAGGGUGGGAGUGGGGGAUCCUCCAUCGGAGGAGCAGGCAGCCCUACCACAUUUGAACUCUGGUUGCCCAUUCUGUUCAUAAUCCUUCCAUUACAAUUAGAUGUCUUAUAUAAAAGAUGCAUACAAAUUUGGUUUAUUAUAUUUGUGCGGAGGUAAAGCCUGUGUUUUUCUGGUUAAUUAUCCUUCAGCCACUUUGUUCUUGUAAAGUCAAAUGGGAUUUGUUUUCCUCUUUGCAUACAAUUGUCUUCCUCCAUGUCAUUGGCUCUUUAAACACACGCAUAUGGGUUUUUUUUCUUUAAACACAGGGAUGGGGGCUUCGGAAAGCAACAGCUUUCUGUUUGCGUCUGCUCCAUUGUUUAACUCUCCUUUUGACAGGCCCACUUUCAUCUCAUUUUGGCUGGUAUUUUGGUCUCUGAUUUUGCUCUUUUUUGCUGAUUUUUUAAAGCAGCCAAUGGAAGUAAACUAUGAUAGGUAGAUAAUUGUGUUUUGAGUGCUUUGGACACCUCAGAAGCACUUCCAUCAACUGCAAAGCAUUACCGUGGUCUUGGAAAUCCUCAUGCCAAGGCCAGUGUGAUUAGCCUUAAAUUGCAGGCUCAGCACGGGGCAGGGCCUGAGACGGGAAGAAGGGCGGCCUGGGCUUGGGAAAGAAGCCGUUUUCACCGGGACGCCUUCGGAGCUGCUGCACCACCACGCCAACUGGAGCAGUUGUCAGCGACUGUUUCUUCUCCGUGCCAAUAGGCCAAGGAGAGGAGGAGGUGCUCCACUUCCGGGAUCAUGCCCUGCCCAGUUCCCACUGCAGUCUCCCUCAUGGUCUGUGAAACUAAUUGAGCGGGAGCCAAAAGCACCCCUUAGUUAAUGAUCCUUUCGCCAUUUUGUUCUUGUAAAUGGGAAAAAAGGGGGGAUUGGGUUUCUCUGUGCAUAUGAUCGCUCACUUCUGUGUAAUUGGCUCUUACAAAUAUAUGUAUAUGAUUUUUUUGUUGUUGGGGAAAAUGUUUUUAAAUUGUAAAAUAUUUUGUAUAAAAGAAUUAAACCUGCCAAAAUAAAUGUUUUGCUUUAUGUAUCAGUGUU